AUGACGCGGAGCUGCUGCCCCAGCUUCUACGGCAUCGUCCAGAUCGUGGCCCGCACAGCCGCCUGGAUGACGAGCGUGACGACGCUCGUGAUUCUCGCCUUCAUCAUCAACCAAUGGCCUGACAAGGGCGGCGCCAUUGCAGCCGGCCUCGUUGGCGUGAGUCUCUCUCUCUAUUUCUCUCUUUUGACCUCUCUUCUCUAUUCCUACACACAUGAUGACCCUGGCCGUGUCUUCCUCCACUGGUCAUCACCAAAACCAAAACCUGAUCUGAUGCUGUGCCCGCAGUCCGCCAUCGCCAUCCUCAACGACUCGUGGAUCGUCGUCGCCAACAUCGACCGCGCCCUUGGCUUCCAGCAGCUCUCGCCCGCCCGCGCACUGCUGCACGACCUCUUCUCCCUCGCCGUCUCCCUCGGCGGCAUCGUCAUGAUCAUCUUCUCGCGCUACUCGGACGCGGCCGACGGCUUUGCCGCGCUCGACAGCGACUCGGCGCCCCAGGUCACGGCCGCCGCGGGCCAGACGGACGUCAUUAGCAGGGAGGGCUUUUCGCAGGUCCGCAUGAUGGCCAUUGCGGUCUGGCUGCUCACUGCUGUUGUCGUGUGGCGAUUCAUCUUCAUCAUCUGGGGUGGCUUCGAGUGCCUCUACGAGUUUCGGCUGAUUCAUGCGCGACCUCGGCGACGACAACAAGACAUGGUCCAGGUCUGA